AUGGUCCGCUUCAAGAACCGCCAUCUCCUCGUGGAGUUUAUCUCCCCCGCUUCAUUCACCUCAGACGUCGGUGUGGGCGGCCCAAACGAGUCCCUUUCCCCCACUUUCGACGCUGGUUUCAACGGGGCCGACGAUGAUGGGGACGAUGUACUGCCUGUACUGCCGCUCGUGCCCUUCGUGGUCCCACAUACGGACCUGUCUGGUCAGCUGAAGCUGGGGGAUGAUGGGAGCUCGGCGGUUUUCAGGGCGUUGAGGGCGAAUGUGUUGGACUGUUUCGGAGAUGAAGGGUGGGGACGGCUAGCAAGUUCAUUCAAGGUCAUCUACCACUCCCCGCAUACCACCCUCACCAUCCUCCGCGUCGCUCGACCGCACUACCGCACACUCUGGGCCUCCCUCACUCUCCUCCGGGAGAUGAACGGCCAACCCAUCAUCCCCCGUGUCGUAGCUAUCAGCGGCACGAUCAAGAAGCUACAGAAUCGGGCGAUAGCGUACCAUCGACUCGUCACGGCCCAGAUGCUCUCGGCGGCAUUGGCGGGCGUGCAGGAUGAAGGGCUGAGCAGGGGAGGCAGGAGGGCGGAGGAGGAGAAGAGGCUGAGGGAGGGGUGGGACAAAGAGGAGGAGAUGUUGAAUGCUCUCGAGGACUAG